AUGAAGUUGCGCUUCUGGGGCGUCGCGGCAUGCGUGGCCGCAUUGCUGUGUGACGCCUCUGCUGCCGGCACGACGGCCUACCACGACCCGCAGACCGGUCUCACGUUUGCCGAGUACGCCAUGCAGUACAAGAUCGGCCACACGCUCGUGUUUCGCGUCGCCGUGCCGACGCAAGUCACGAGUCUGACGGCGUACGACGCCGUCCUGCAGGUCGUCGCGCCCAUCGACGCCGGCUGGAUCGGGUUUGCCUGGGGCGGCCGCAUGAUUGGCGACCCGCUGGCCGUGGCCUGGUCCAGCGGCAACGCGGUCGUGCUGUCGUCCCGCCGCGCGAGCGACCACACGGCCGUGCCGGGCGUGUGGACGGGCGCGCAGUACACGGAGCUGAAGGCGGGCACGCACGUCAACGGCACGCACUGGCAGUACACGGCCAAGUGCACGGGGUGCACGUACUACACGAACUCGAUGGGCAGCAAGAGCUGGGUGUAUGCGACGGGCACGAACCACCUGGCGUUUGCGUAUUCGGCCACGCGGCCGGCGAACCCGUCGAGCGCGGGAUCGAGCCUGACGAUCCACGACGUGACGAACAACUGGGAGCACGACUUUUCGGUGGGCCAGAAUGCCGACUUUGCGGAUCUGGUGACGAAGAAUUCGUAG